AUGCCGACUGAAUUCCACCUCUUUCCUGCUCUCCCAACUGAGCUUAGGCAAGAAAUUUGGGACCUGGCCAUUGCUAUUCGCCCAAGGCGCGCAGGGGUUCGUGUCUUUCGAGUAUUCGAUGCUUCCCAAGAACCUUCGAUUCAGCUCGAAGGCGUCCCGGGCUUCCCCCCCUACCGUACCCCUUUGGCUCUGGGUACACCUUUGUCGGACAAAGAUUUCACCAGUGUCACUGGAGAGAGCAUCAGUGAUAUUUCGACACAGGUUCACGAUCCUGAGUUGUGGAAUACUUGCCAAGAAUCGAGGUUUAUGAUGAGGAAAGCCUUUGUAUCACUCAAGGGAUAUAGCUUUGACUCGAUGGGGUACUAUCUAUCUGGAAGUGCUCCCUUCUACGUCACGAUUACAAAACCAGGACAUAGCCUCUUUAUCUUACGACCGGACAGUCUGGAAUUCGACUUGCGGGAUAUUUAUGGGGCAUUUAGUGAAACUGAUUUAGUUUUGGGCAUUGAGUACAAGCCCGAAUGGGGAUCGCAACUUUAUGGGCGAGAUUUGUCAAGCGGCAAGUCUGAUUACAGGUCUAGGCCGGGAUCAAACGGUUCCAGGCCCAGGCCCGAAGAUCUUGGUUGCUACUACGCACGGGAUACGAGGCUUGUCGAGGCGGAUCCGGACGACGAAAGGAAAGAGGAACACUGGGAAUACAUCGACCCAAUUCCAGAUGGAGACUAUCGCAAGUCUUCUUUCUAUUUUGCGAAGCGUAUGGUGGAGGCUUUUGACGAAGUGGGAAUGGAUGACCAUGAAGCACCUCUCAGGCCUUGGAUAGACCUUCUUGGAUGGGAUGACUUUUGA